AUGCUUGACGAUAUUCUAGAUAAUGCCUCGUCCGAGACGCUGUCCCAUGGUCUUGAGACCGGUCUUCACAGCCACAGCAGAAUCGGUGGUGUUACUUCCACUUCUUCUUUCCUCACCUCACCCUCUGCUGCGGUCAGCAGGGCUCGUUUGAAUAGCAAUACAACAUUGGGUUUCCUUCUUCCCCAACCCAAGGGCCAUUUCUCAAAGUUGAAGGCCGGUCGUUUGGAUCCUCUACCAUCCGGAACGACUGUGGAUCAGGAUUUGCUUCAAAAGUUGGAAGAACAGAAUAGUCUCCUGCCACCACAGGACUCGACCUCCUUUUUGUUGGCUCGCCUAGAACGUCAAAAUGGACUAUUAGAUACAGACCCAAAGUCGGUUUGUAUCGAGUCCAAUGUGCUCAAGGGCAAUCUCAACACUCUUCACAAGCUGAUUGCAGACUCAACGGCCACACUCAACAGCCCUAAUUCAGAGACGAUCGAUUGGGAGUUCUGGGGAAUGCUUGUUCAAGACUAUAAUGCAGUGGCCAGCAAGUUGCCACAUCUUUUGGCAGCUCGCGUGCGUCAGGGCUUACCAUCCAAACUCCGUGGAUUGAUCUGGCAAUCCAUGUCUCAGGCCUCAUCAACGUACCUCGAGACAAUGUAUACCCAGCUCCUGAAGGAGCAUUCGCCCUACGAGCGCAUCAUCCAGCGCGAUCUUGCAAGAACAUUCCCACAGAUUGAUAUGUUCAAGGAGGAGGGGGGCAAAGGACAGGAGAUGCUCGGCAAUAUCCUCAAAGCCUAUUCACUCUAUGAUCCACACAUGGACGAAAAAGAGGCUUUCUGUGUGUUUGUACGUCUGAUGGAGACAUAUGACAUGCGCACCAUGUUUACAUUGAACAUGGAGGGUCUUCAAUUGCGUCUCUAUCAAUUCUCGGCCUUGUUGUCAGAACAUCUACCAAUGUUGCAUGCCCACCUGUCAUUCCAUUCGAUCCAUGCAGCCAUGUAUGCAUCCCAGUGGUUCUUGUCCCUGUUUGCGUACACAUACCCAUUACAGUUAGUGCUUCGGAUCUAUGACGUUGUCUUCUCGGAGGGCGCACCAGAGACGAUCAUGAGAGUGGCAGUGGCAUUCUUGAAGAAGAAUGAGGAAAGGUUGAUGCAACUUCAAGAGUUUGAAGAUCUGUUGGAGGUGCUUUCGACGAAGCUGUAUGAUGUCUACGAAGAUAAUGCAGGCAGUGUUAUCAAGGAUGCGAUGGCUCUCUCGUCCGAGAUCUCGAAGGAUAAGCUCGAUGCUUUGGCUAUGGCCUACUUGGCUGAAUUAGAGGAUCAGCAGAAGCGUGCAGGCGAAGUGACCAGUAAAAGGUUUAGAGAUCGAUUUGGUGCCUCAAAGGCUGCUGCGGCACGUGGUGCUAGCCGUCUCUCGAUCGCAGCCUCGUUUGGAUCCUCUGUCAGCUUGACAUUCGACGAUGACGACUCGACUGGAGGCUCAAACGCACGGUCCGGUAAUGGUGGAAAUAGCGGUAACAACAGUCCAAAGGAAGCAAUGCUUCAUGAACAAAUCCAAGAUUUGGCCAAGGCCUUAUCAACGCUGCAGAGGGACCAUGCGGAGGUGACUGAAGCAGUAGUGACGGCCAAGAUGGAGAAGAUG